CAAAGGAAGCCAGCUCACCGUAUACCCCAAACCGGCGGGCGCCAACUCCGCAUACCACGCACCGACCGAUAACGCAUAUCGCCGCCCUACACCAACAUGGCUGGAUCCAGGAAUUACGACUUUCUCAUCAAACUGCUCCUCAUAGGCGACUCGGGCGUAGGCAAGUCAUGCUGUCUGCUGCGCUUCAGUGAGGACUCGUUCACGCCCUCGUUCAUCACCACCAUCGGCAUCGACUUCAAAAUCCGCACCAUCGAGCUCGACGGCAAGCGCGUGAAGCUGCAGAUAUGGGAUACCGCCGGGCAGGAGCGUUUCCGGACCAUCACCACGGCCUACUACAGAGGCGCUAUGGGCAUUCUGCUGGUCUACGACGUUACAGAUGAAAGGAGCUUCAACAACAUUCGCACAUGGUUCUCCAACGUCGAGCAACACGCCACCGAGGGUGUCAACAAGAUUCUUAUUGGCAACAAGUGCGAUUGGGAAGAGAAGCGCGCCGUCUCUACAGAACAGGGCCAGGCCCUCGCUGACGAACUUGGCAUUCCCUUCCUCGAGGUCUCGGCCAAGAGCAACAUCAACGUCGACCAGGCCUUUUACAGCUUGGCCGGAGAUAUCAAGAAGAGGCUAAUCGACACCGCAAGGACGGAUCAGACUGCGGUGCCCAAGGUGGAUGUUGGUGGGCAAGACAGUGGAAACGCUGGCAUGGGUGGGAAGUGCUGCUAAGAAUAGGUGCAAAGUUAGCAGCGGACGCAUUGGGCUGAGAUCCAUCACACAACGAGGCUAUACGACGAAUAUCCGCUCGAGCGUGUCUUUUGGAUAGCAUCACCUUUUCUUACGAGUCUUUGUUUCGGCGUUUUCAAGAGAAUGGGAGUACCUACUUUUUACAAUUACGUAUUGUAAUGCCA